UAUUGAGAAUUACUUUACAUAAAAAUGACUGAUACUUCAGGGGAAGGAAUUGGUUGGAUCCAAUGGUUCUGAAAUAUUAAAGAUCAUCACUUCUUGGUGGAGAUUGAAGAGGAUUACAUUAGAGAUAGCUUCAAUCUCUAUGGGCUAAGAAGUAAAAUCACAAAUUACGCAGAAGCGUUAAAAAUGAUAUUGAGUGAGGAGUCCCCUGAAAGCGAAGAUUUUGAAGACAAAAAUUUUGUUGAUUUAUAUGAGCAAGCUAUUGACCUUUAUGGAUUAAUUCAUGCUAGAUAUAUUCUUUCUCCACAAGGAAUGCAGCAGAUGUGAGAGAAAUAUGCGCAAGGCCACUUCGGAUCAUGACCCCGCUUGAUGUGAAAAUAAAUACAGAGUACUUCCAAUAGGAGUGUCAGAUCAAAUAAAUCAGUCACGAGUGAAAAUUUAUUGUCCGAAGUGUGAAGAAAUUUAUCAGUGAAAUAAACCAUUGAAUAUUGAUGGAGCUUAUUUUGGCUCAGGGUUUCCAUUCGCACUUUUACAGGAAUUCCCAGAACUUAGACCAGGCGAAGAGCCUGAGGCAUUUACUCCAAAAUUGUUCGGGUUUAAGAUCUUUGGUCUUCGAGGUAGCAAAUAUAGGUCAGUAAUGUCUAGUAAGAAGUUCCAAGAAGACGAAGAUGGAGGGAUGAAAACACAGGAGGAGAUUGAAAGAAUCUUAACAGAGAAACGGACAGAUGCUUAUGAUUAA